AUGGACAACAACAACAACAACAAAGCGGGCCAAAUGAAGGUCACCUUUUUUGACAUUGGCCAGGCAUUUGUACGCGGACACAUCGAUGCCAAUGACAUCAAGGACUUGGGGAAAGUGAUGGUGGAGAAAGGCCAGCAAGGUUUCAAAUCGCUAAAAACGGUUGAGAACCUCCGCUCUAUCAAGGACUCUCUUGCAACUACCUUUGCAUUGGAGCAGACUCUCUCUCCGAAGAGCGCAACACCAAAGAGCUCCCGAACGGCCAAGAGUGCCAGGUCUCAUCGUGCCGGCAUUGCCUCGGCCCGAAACGGGGUGAUGGGACAGCUCAUAGGCCCCGAUGGCAACCUUGCCAUGGAGAAGCUUUUAGGCGACAAGGAGGACAAGUUUAACUUGGGCGACCUUCCUGAGGGACGCAGAGAUCGGAAGCGCUAUAACACCAGAAAGGAUCCCUGGGUAGGUGAAGUGAUGGACUUGCUUGCGGAGGAGGUCUUUCUGAGGAACGUGGAGCAGCCAUGGUACCUCGCGCCAUGUUAUGAACAAGCGGCCUGUCAGCGAGUCUGCUUCCCGGCACAGUUUGCGACCCGCCACAAGCGCGAGAAGCAUGGUGGCAACGAAGAAGGCGGUCAUUCUCAUCACAAGGGCCAGGGCCAAGACAGCAUGGAGGACCGAGUGAGCAGCACUUUGGCCUGCCUGACUUCACACAGGCCGGUUACUCUCUUGACAACACAGACGAGCUUGGCUGGCCGGACAUCCUCGUUCCCAACAGGCUUGGCCUCGUGCAAGCUAUUCAUCGAAAGACAUCCAUUCAGAGGUUAUGCCUUAUCAAGCCAAAGCAUGAGCUGCCUCCCAACACUGGCCCAAAGGAGGUGCGCUCUUUGGUGCGCUUGCUGCAGAAGUGCGACCACGCCAACGUUCUUUAUCUCCAUGAGGCCCUGGAGGAUCAGUCGCACCUGUAUUUCAUGUACGAGCAAUACUCCUGCGUGA